AAAGUGCGAAAAAGUGGCGAGGGAAAACUGUACGAGGAAGGAAAACUACGGAGUGCGGGCGAUCGCGAAAAGAUUCGCAAACCUCCCAAGAAGUAGUGGACGGUUCCAUUGUGGUCUUCCAUCGACAAAUCGGACGACCCUGCUGGGCAUCGUGCUGCGUGUCAAGGCCCGGGAGCUACGUUGCGGCUGGAACGCGAGCAAACGAGCGGAUUGACUCCUGCUCAAUCGCACCGUGCUCGGAAACCCUUCUUGGCAGAGGAACAUUUGCGUUCGUGGUGAGACGUAGCAACGGAACGGCUUUCGACGGGAAGGAGAAUGCAAUUGAUCGCGCAGGACAUCCGGUAGAUCGAGCCUUUUUGCACUAAUCCAUCGAACGACGUCGGGUGGGGCCAUCCAAGGGGAACCUUUUUCGGGUCUCGCAACGUUGGGUGUUGUGUCGAAACGUCCCUUAAACCAGCCGCGGGGCUUCCAGUGCGAAGUAGGGCACCCGGAUGGACGUGAUCAUCGGGCACGACGUUCCGACCGCAGCGAACGCAACGAAGACGAACUCCUCCAGCACCAGCACCAGCACCUGCGCUAAGCUCUGCAAUGGCACGGUGGUGGGGGCAGCCGAGACAGUCAAGGAGGCCGUCACCGGCGGUGCUGCUCCCGGUGGGGCCGGAAGGAAGAAAACGAAAAGGAAAAACCGUGCUAAAAAUAGUCAGCGAGAGGAAACGACGGCCGACGAUACGGCCACGGCGGUAGAAGGAAGUGUACUCACCACCACCACCACCACCAGCCCAAUACCAUCGUCAUCUGCAACGGCUGCUGGGGAUGUAAAUAGUAGUAAUCAUAACGACGGUAGAAGCCAUGGCAGCAACGGACUGCCAGACCCGCAGCCCGAAGAUGCCGUUGACGCAAUUAGCAAGAAGCUGGAGCAGUGUGUUCACGUUGGCCGGAAUGGUCUGACGAAUGGGUUGCCAAAGCUGGAACGGAACGACUCGAAUGUUGAUGAGCGUGGAAGCGGGUGUACUGGUGCGACACAGGACGAUCAGGGCCCUCCAAAGCCAGCAACUUGCGGUACAGGAGCGACAAGUAAAAAGAGUAAGCAACGGGCGAGGCAACAGAAGAAAGCACAACAGGAUGCCUCCCAUUGUACGGCGCUGCCGAAUGGCACGGCUGGCGCGGUUGGUAGUGACGCUAGUAGCAAACCGGAACAAACUAGUAGUAGAAAUGGCGCCAGUAAUACUGCCUUCUCCGGUGUUUCUAUGGAAUCCAAUGGUAAAUUAGAUGCUGGUUCCGCUUCGACAUCAUCGAUGGUCCAAGUGGUGCAUAAGGAACAGCAGCCUUCUACCAACGUUGAUCCAUCAGCAGCGCAACCACCGGCCUGCAGUGCUGCGUCUACCUCAUCGUGUUCGUUACCAAAGGAGGCGGUGGCGACGACGGCGACGGCGGCUGUGAGCAACGAGGUUGACAGCGGGCUGCAGAAGGAAAUGCUUCCCGUAGCGAGCACCGUACCUGUCGCAGUUGCGACCGACAUCACCUAUCAGGUGUACGAAUCGGAGCGCCAAAUGCCGGCCAUAAUGGCGCUCAUCCAGAAGGAUCUCUCGGAACCGUACUCGAUCUACACGUACCGCUACUUCAUCCACAAUUGGCCGAAACUGUGCUUUCUGGCUCAGCACAACGGUACGUGUGUCGGUGCCAUCGUAUGCAAGCUUGACAUCCACCGGGAAAACAUUCGCCGGGGUUACAUUGCGAUGCUGGCCGUGGACAAGGACUACCGAAAGCUAAAGAUCGGCACAACGCUCGUGCAGAAGGCAAUACAGGUCAUGCUCGACGAUAAAGCCGACGAGGUGGUGCUCGAAACUGAGAUCACCAAUCAGCCGGCACUGCGGCUGUAUGAAAAUUUGGGUUUCGUGCGCGACAAGCGACUCUUUCACUACUAUCUGAACGGUGUCGAUGCGCUCCGGCUGAAACUGUGGUUCAGAUGAAUCUUUCCGUAGAUCGCCACUGCCGCGACCAUUUCGGCGUUACAUCCAGACUCGCUCGCCCGUAGUUUCGGUUUGAAUCGAAGUAAGCGAAAUUGCCUGUAGAUAACCGUUCUCACGCAGCAGCAGAGACGAUCGCCCUUGGCAACCACGGAGCAACCAGAAGGGUUCCAAGCGUUCCUUGAGGGUGUUUUUUUUUUUUGUUAAAUGGCUACACUUACGCGCCUUACGGAAUUGUGGGGUAUGUUAAACAAAUUUCCUUUGCGAUUUUGUCUUUCAGUGGCUACAAACCGAUGCCGAUGCGAAAACCAAAAGUCAAAAAACCACAAUCCAGGAAUGUUACACACCAUCAACAAUGCCACUAAUAGAAUGAAGCAGUUUUUUUUCUAUUUUCGAUCGUUUGCGAUUCGUUUCAUCAUUCGAAAUUCACUAGUUCACACUCUCAAGGUGCCGAAGACCCAGGGUGCUGAAUUCUACAGCCGUACUGGGAAGUGAAUCCUCACUGAAGUAGAAGAAUAAGGUUGCAAGGUGUAAGAAUAUAUGCAUAUAUAUAUUGAUUUGCAUCAUUUUGCUACCUCUGCAGAGAUAGCCGAUGCGCAGAACAGGCGCAUCCACUAAUGGUCCACCUUUCUCAACAUAGUAUUCACCUAUUCGUUUGUCCAUUAUCGGCCAGCUAGGUAGGCAAUAGUGAAGAGGCACCAUAAACUCGCGAUCAAUGGGAGCUAUGAAGCAUUGAUAAAGGAUGCAGAGCAUUGAGAAGGUCCUUAGAGGCAAGCAAACCAAUGAAAUUCUGUGCGAGAGGCAACGUAUCAAAUUAUUCGUUUAAUUUAUCCGAGCUGCUAACUGCGAACUGCUAGAGUCAAGUCAAGAUGUUGAACGUGGGAUCGAGGAUGAGGAAAAGAAGCGUGGAUGCGGGAGAACUUUUGGGAGAAAUGUAAUAUCAAACCUAGAAACCGUUUUGCAAUUGUAAAUAGUCGAACAAUAAAAUAGAACAAAAAACCAA